AUGAAAGGAUGUCUCGCCGAUUGGGCUGAAGUCGAUCAACAAUGGAAUGCUGUAGUUGAAGCCUUGUUGAAGAUGGCGGCUCGACUAAAAGACCCUCAAAAUCUCUAUCAAGCUCUUCAACCACUGCCAGUUCAGCUAAGCGAGGCCGUCAUGGAAAUGCAAGAACGAAGUGUGACCGUCUCUAAUAAGGUAAUCGCCCGAUGUUAUACAAUUGACGACGUCAUCCGGGAACCUCGUCAUCUGGACUCACUGACCCGAUCUCGAGCUAGAAGGAAUCAACGAGAUUUGGCUCUACGUAGCAUUGCGGAACGCGCUGAAAACUAUGGCAAAGUACUGACCUCCCUGAUGAAUUCGUUCGCUGAUCGCCUAAGCGUCCUUCGGGGAUGGUUCACGGGAUUACCAAAGGCAUUCUGUUCGGACUCUGGUCUAGUGGCUCCAGAUGGCGAGAAGUGUUGGAAUGGUAACCAGUCGGCAUCUUAUACAAAAGAGCUGGCCGGAGAUGGACUAUCAAGCCAAGGCAAGAAUCCAGAGUACCAGGCCGCACGUAUUUUGCCCUACAGAGGAGUGUUCAUUGAUGAACGACUUCGUCUGGGAAUGCUUGCAUUUCGUCUCCAAAACGCUCUUCAUGGACAUAACUACACUAAUUACCAGAUCGAAGGCAGUGGAGACAGCGAUGAUGACGAGGACUAUGUGAGUUCGAGGGCGUUUUUUUCUUUUUUUUCCAUAUUUUUCCACUUAAAAUUAUCUCCGAACAAUGCCACUCUUGAUCGAACCAUCCAAGUUCUCAAAGUGUCUAACAGUAGAGAACUAAAACCAAAGAAGGGGCAUGCGCCCCCGCCCACCCCCUCCCGUACGAAAAGUGAUUGCUCGACGCCGAUUGCGUCGCGACAGGCGCGUUCAUACCUGGUGUAA